AGGCCGACGAAACCGAGGGCUAAGUGUAAAAUCCAGGUUCCGAGAGGGUUCGAAACCCAACUGUCGAUUCCUUUCUUCUGGGGGCAAAAGCGGCCUUUUCCCCGGCGGCGGUCCGCGUCUCUUCGGCUGCAUCCCCCGGUGCCGCAGAGGAGUGAGCCACCGAUGUCCGACCGAACCAAGCCAAGAAAACCCAAGCCUUCCUCCUCAUCCCCACCUCCUUCCCCUACCAUAGCCCUAACCCUAAAGAUGGCUCGCCGGUCCCUCCUCAAGCCCACCCUCGCCACCGCCUUUCUCUCUCUCCUCUUCCUCUACGCCCUCUUCCACACUCUUCUGACUCCCUCCCCCUCCCCCUCCCCCUCCGCUGCCAUCGGCCUUUCUCCUUCUCCUCCUUCGGCUCCCAAGAUUUACCUCUACGACCUCCCCUCCAAGUUCACCUACGGCGUCGUCCGUAGCUACCUCCGCGCCCGCGGCUCCCCGGUCCCCGCCAACGACGCCGACAUCCGAUAUCCCGGUCACCAGCACUCCGCCGAGUGGUGGCUCCUAUCCGAUCUCGCCCGUUCCCCCACUGCCCGGUCCCCUAACUCACCCCUCCGGCUCACCCUCGACCCCGACGAAGCAGACCUCUUCUACGUGCCCUUCUUCUCCUCACUCAGCCUUGUCGUCAACCCGAUCCGUCCCGGCGGCAGUGACAUACCGGGCGGCGGCGGCUCUACGGCGUACAGCGACGAGGGGACGCAGGAGGAGCUGGUGGAGUGGCUCGAAGGGCAGGAAUACUGGAGGCGUAACAGGGGGAGGGAUCAUGUGAUCGUGUGCCAGGAUCCGAAUGCGCUCUACAGGGUGAUAGAUCGGGUGAGGAAUGCGGUGCUCCUGGUGUCGGACUUCGGGAGGCUCAGGGCCGAUCAGGCAUCGCUUAUUAAAGAUGUUAUAUUGCCGUAUUCUCACCGUAUCAACUCCUACAAGAGGGACGUUGGGGUAGAAGGCCGGCAUUCGCUUCUUUUUUUCAUGGGCAACCGGUACCGGAAGGAGGGUGGAAAAGUACGUGAUACUCUUUUCCAAAUACUUGAAGAUGAGAAGGAUGUUGUCAUAAAACAUGGAACACAGUCCAGGGAGAGUAGACGCAUGGCAACACAAGGGAUGCACUCAUCUAAGUUCUGCUUACAUCCUGCAGGAGAUACCCCUUCAGCUUGCAGGUUAUUUGAUGCAAUUGUUAGUUUAUGCAUCCCGGUGAUAGUAAGUGACUACAUCGAGUUGCCUUUUGAAGAUGUUAUAAACUACAAGAAGAUUGCGAUAUUUGUAGAUACUAUUAGUGCAGUGAAGCCAGGAUACCUAGUUUCAAAGAUCAGGAAAGUCAGCAAUGAGAGGAUUUUGCAAUACCAGCAAGAACUUAAAAUGGUGAAAUGGUACUUUGAAUAUGAAGAUCCAAAUGGAACUGUAAAUGAGAUAUGGCGUCAAGUUUCUUCAAAAGUUCCUCUAAUAAAACUGAUGAUCAACCGUGACAAACGUCUUGUCCAGAGAGGCCACGAUCCUGACUGUUCUUGUAUAUGUUCCAAACAGAAUGGGACUAUCAGUAUCAGAAAAUGAGUCCAGAAGAUGAGAAGGCUCAACACCUCAAAGCACGUCAGGAGAUUAUUUCAGAUGGGAAGACGAAAUUUCAGUUUGAUACCAAGUGACUGUACGUGUGUCUGACUACUUUUAUUCAGGGAGAAAUAUUGUUUUUUGUUGUUAAAGUUAAUUCUUUCAUUAUUUGUGCCUUAUAAUACGUCGAAGCAUUUCCCUUUGUUUCCAGUAUGAGUCGAUGAACGGUCUGCAAGUAUGUGGAACCAACCAAAGUUUCCUUCUAGGCCCUCUUGGAAAUAACAUUUUCUGUUGCAGUUUUAUACUUUUUCCUUGACCUAAUAUAUGUAUAUAAAUGUGUAGAUCAAUUUGUCUCGGCCAAGUUUUUGUUCAUUGGAUGAAAUGAAAUGGAACUGCAUACUC